AUGCCUUCCACAUUCACCGAUCCCGCCGGAGUCGCGCGUGACGAGCCGUUGUAUACCGUCGUCCACAAUGACAAGAAGCGGGUCGCCUACUUCUACGACUCCGACAUUGGCAACUAUGCCUACGUGACCGGCCAUCCUAUGAAGCCCCAUCGUAUCCGUCUUGCCCACAGUCUGGUCAUGAACUACAACGUGUACAAGUUUCUCGAGGUCUACUUUCACACCGACGAGUAUAUUGAGUUUUUACAAAAGGUUACGCCCGACAACAUGGACGGGUUCAUGCGCGAGCAGGGCAAGUACAAUGUUGGCGACGACUGUCCCGUUUUCGACGGCCUGUUUGAGUUCUGCGGCAUCAGUGCCGGCGGAAGUAUGGAGGGUGCCGCUCGCUUGAAUCGGGACAAGUGCGACAUCGCCAUCAAUUGGGCCGGUGGUUUACAUCACGCCAAGAAGAGCGAAGCUAGCGGUUUCUGCUAUGUCAAUGAUAUCGUCCUGGCUAUCCUAGAGCUCCUGCGUUUCAAGAAGCGCGUUCUUUACAUUGACAUCGAUGUGCACCACGGCGAUGGUGUCGAAGAAGCCUUUUAUACGACGGAUCGCGUCAUGACCGUAUCCUUCCACAAGUACGGCGAGUACUUCCCCGGUACCGGCGAGUUGCGCGACAUUGGUAUCGGUUCCGGCAAGAACUAUGCCGUCAACUUCCCCCUCCGCGAUGGAAUCGACGACACCACCUACAGCUCCAUCUUCCAGCCCGUCAUUAGCGCUGUCAUGCAAUACUUCCAACCUGAGGCUGUUGUCCUCCAAUGCGGUGGUGACAGUUUGUCCGGUGAUCGUCUUGGCUGCUUUAACUUGAGCAUGCGCGGCCAUGCUAACUGCGUUAAUUACGUGCGAAGCUUUGGACUGCCCACUCUGGUUCUCGGCGGGGGUGGCUACACCAUGCGCAACGUCGCAAGGACUUGGGCCUACGAAACCGGCCGUUUGGUUGGUGUCGAGAUGAACCCAGUCCUUCCUUACAACGAGUACUACGACUAUUACGGUCCCGACUACGAGCUUGAUGUGCGUUCUUCCAAUAUGGAGAACGCCAACAGCCCAGAGUACCUGGAGAAGAUCAAGAUAUCAGUGAUAGAAAACCUGAAGAAGACCGCCCCAGUUCCCUCUGUCCAGAUGCAGGACGUUCCGCGUCAGGGCUUCGGUAUGUCGGACGAUCAGGAAGACGAGCUUGACGACAUGGAUGAGGACGAGAACAAGGAUGUCCGGCGGACACAGCGUCAAUGGGAGAAGGAGAGAACUAGGCAAGACGAGUUUGAAGAAAGUGAUGACGAGGACAUGGCUCAAGCCAAUGGUGUGUUCAAGCCGAACGGACCGCAGCGCCGGUCCAUUCUCGACUUCAAGAACCCCAAGGCCGUGGAGGACAUGGAUCUUGAUAUUGGAGAACCAGCUCCGCCCUCGAUUGCCGCCACCGCCGCCGCGGCCGCCGCUAAGCCAGCGGAGCCUACUGCUGUCGACAACGAUGAGACCAUGAUCGAUAACGACGAAGCCCAACCGGCCGCCGCUGAACCUGAAGCCGAAGCCCCCGCAACGACAGCCGCGCAGCCUGCAGCAAGCUCUGCGGCCAAAGUUGACGAGGAUGGCGAUGUGGAUAUGGGCGAGGCCGAUGAGAAGCCUGCAGAACCUGAGGCGGAGAUCAAGACCGAGGAAAUUGAGACUGCCCCUGCUCCGGAGCCGGAGGCAGAGCGCAGGCCAAGUCCCGCCGCCGCCACUGCGGAGCCUGCUACCGAGGCAGCAGCAGCAGCCUCUCCCAAGGCCGCCUCGCCGGUACCAGACGCCAACACUGAGAAGCCAGUGGCAGAAGAGCCAAGCAAGGUUGCCGAGGAGGCAUCCGACAAAGCACCGGCAGCAACAACAGAUGACAAGGAAAAGGAGGCCGAUAAGCCUCAAGAAUAGGACGCAACCCCCCGAACAAACACUCAGUACGUCUGAUAGCUCGGACUAAUCGGGCCCUGAGUACGUCGGCAAAUUUCAGUUGUGUUAUCCCAUGAGCAUGAUUGGCAUUGGCGUUUGGGGAUUUAGGGGUGUUGUGACGAGGAAAAUGUUGUUUUCAAUGAUUCCCCCAC